UCCUCCUCCAAAAUGAUAACCUGCGGACCAGCCUUGUCAUUCGUUCGGUGCCUUUUGAGGCGAAAAAUCAUCACUCUGGACAGCCUUGAAGAUUCCAAAUUAUGUCGCUGUUUAUCUACCGUGGACCUUAUUGCUCUAGGAGUGGGAAGCACCCUCGGGGCAGGGGUUUAUGUCCUUGCUGGAGAAGUUGCAAAAGCUGAUUCUGGACCUAGUAUUGUUGUUUCUUUUCUCAUAGCUGCCUUAGCUUCGGUGAUGGCAGGCCUCUGCUAUGCUGAAUUUGGUGCUCGCGUUCCGAAAACCGGCUCUGCCUAUCUAUAUACUUAUGUAACUGUUGGUGAACUCUGGGCUUUUAUCACUGGCUGGAAUCUCAUUUUGUCCUAUGUGAUAGGGACAUCAAGUGUAGCAAGGGCCUGGAGUGGCACCUUUGAUGAACUACUUGGGAAACAAAUUGGUUAUUUUUUUAGAACCUACUUCAGAAUGAAUUAUUCUGGUCUAGCAGAGUAUCCAGAUUUUUUUGCAGUCUGCCUUAUAUUACUCCUGGCAGGCCUGUUAUCAUUUGGAGUGAAAGAAUCUGCUUGGGUGAAUAAAGUCUUCACUGCCGUUAACAUCUUGGUCCUCCUCUUUGUGAUGAUUUCCGGUUUUGUGAAAGGAGAUAUGAGCAACUGGAAGAAAACGGAAGAAUUUCUUAUCAACUACACAGCCUACAUAGAAAACAUCUCCUUUUCUGAGAACGUGACCAGUGCAUUUGGAGUUGGUGGCUUUAUGCCAUAUGGUUUUACAGGAACACUGGCUGGUGCAGCAACUUGCUUCUACGCCUUUAUAGGAUUCGACUGCAUUGCAACAACUGGGGAAGAGGUCAAGAAUCCCCAGAAAGCCAUACCUAUUGGAAUUGUAACUUCCCUACUGGUCUGUUUUAUGGCCUAUUUUGGUGUUUCAGCUGCUCUGACUCUUAUGAUGCCAUACUACUUAAUAGAUGAGAAGAGUCCUCUCCCUGUAGCAUUUGAAUAUGUUGGAUGGGGCCCAGCAAAGUAUGUCGUAGCAGUGGGAUCUCUGUGUGCUUUAUCUACAAGUCUCCUUGGAUCCAUUUUUCCAAUGCCACGUGUAAUCUAUGCUAUGGCGAAGGACGGGUUGCUUUUCAAAUGUCUAGCUCAAGUCAAUCCCAAAACGAAGACUCCGCUUGUUGCCACUUUAUCGUCUGGGGCUGUAGCAGCUCUAAUGGCUUUUCUUUUUGACCUAAAAGCCUUAGUAGACAUGAUGUCUAUUGGCACACUUCUCGCCUAUUCGCUGGUUGCGGCUUGUGUUCUCAUUCUUAGGUACCAGCCCAGUUUACAUUACGAGCAACCGAAAUAUUCCACAGAAAAAGAGGCUCUGGCAGGGUCAGAGAGGGAAUCGACGGCGAGCGACUCGCAAAUGAGUAUGCUGCAAGGGCACAGCUUCAGCCUCCUAACGUUGGUUAAUCCCUCCAGUCUGCCAACUGAACAGUCUGCCACCAUGGUCAGCUUUCUGGUGAGCUUGUUGGCUUUUGUGGUUUGUGGCUUAAGCAUUCUGAUCACCUAUGGGAUUAACUUCCUUGCCAAUCUGGAGCCCUGGAGUCUUGGCCUUCUCGCUGCUCUUGCAGUACUGUUUGCCGUUAUCGUACUUGCCAUCUGGAGGCAACCCCAGAGCCAACAAAAAGUAGCAUUUAUGGUUCCAUUCUUGCCACUUUUGCCAUCUUUUAGUAUCCUGGUCAACAUUUACUUGAUGGUACAGUUAAGUGGAGAGACGUGGGUCCGAUUUAGCAUCUGGAUGGCUCUUGGUUUCCUUAUUUACUUUGCUUAUGGCAUACGACAUAGUAGAGAGGGCCGCCGAAGGGAAGAAGAAGAUGAAGACAGUCUAGAAGGCCAUCCCGGGGAUGAAGACAGCUGCUUGGGGAAAAGUGCAACUCCAGAAAAGAAUCCUCUGAGAGGGCCCAACGAAAACGAAAAUUCAAAUGAAAGCGCUUACUUUAUUACCAGUGAAAGGACAAGUGAAUGCUAA